CCUUGGUCCAGCUGCUCCCCCGAGAUGUGACUAUUGUCUCCUUGUGCUUCUUUCUGAUUGGUUGCCAGUGUGAGAAAGUGCAUAGGCCCACAUUAAUACGGAGACGCGGGACUAUAAGUAGGAGGCAGGAAGCCAGGCGAGACCACUUUGUGCAUGGACAGCACACCCAAAACUCAGUCAUGGCACCUGCAAUCUCUCUACAAGACGCUCACCUGACUCUCACGCACAAGAUCCGAAAGCCUCUGGUGGAGAAGUUCCGGCGAGAGCGAAUCAACAGCAGCAUCGAGCAGCUCAAGUCUCUCCUGGCUCCCGAGUUCCUCCAGCAGCAGCCCGACUCCAAGAUGGAGAAGGCCGACGUCCUGGAGAUGACCGUUUGCUUCCUCAGGAGACUGCAGUGCGUCCGUCGCGAUUACGCCAAUUGCGCCAGAGAGGCGGCGCAAUUCCUGUCCGAUGAGCGAGCAGGGACGCACUUGGGGCAUCUGCCGCCUCCAGAGGAGGACGCGUCUUCUCCCGGCAAGGAAAAGAGCUCGGCCAAGAGCGCCCCCUGGAGGCCCUGGUAGACCAUCUUGACUUGGGCUCAAGUUUCAACUCGCCUUUUGUGAAGGCUUACACGUUGCUCUGCGAAAGAACUUUUGCGUUGUUGUUGUUGUUUUGUUGAAAAAACAUGAUUGGCAUUCAAGUGAUAAUGUGCGGAGGAAAUGGAGCUAUUCCCGCUGGGAGUGCAGAUACAGGACAUGAAUCGCUUUUACACCGUCGAAUGGUGUAUUUGUAGUUUUCCUUCUAUGAAGGAGCAAUCACCACACAUGUUGAACAUGUUUCCGAUAUCCAUGCACACACA